AAAUAAACAAUAAAUAAAAGACACGAGCACAAUGUCAUUCGUAAACAUACGUUAUUUUUGUUCAAAACAUUAGUUUUUACAAAAACAAACAUGAUGAAAAAAACAAUAAUAAAGUACUAAUAAAUAAAAAAAAGUGAAGUAAUUAUUCCAAUUAAAAUUACCUGGUUAUAUCGAUAAAUAUCUAAAUAUAUGUGUCGCGUCCCUAGUUCCUUACCGAUGUCGGCAGUCGGUACAGCACGCCCGUCGCAUAGGUGCGCGCGUCGCGAGACGAAAAAUAAUAAUUCGAAAAUAUAGAUUCAAUAAUUACACGUGAUUUGACUAUUUUGUUCAAAUAAGGACGGUGAUUAGUGAUCCCAAGUUUAUAUUUCAGUUCAAAUCAUCAAGUUCCUGAAUAAUAUUCUAAAUCAUGUCUAAACUAAAAUAACGUCGCAUUAGUUUAAUAACAAAACAGUGUUCGCUAUGUGGUAUUUAUACUGACGUUUAAAAAACCCACUCAUAUGCACAGAGAAACUGUGAACGUGUUCAGGGAUUCACUAAAACUGAGACAAAAACUACUACAAAGAACAACAACUUAUUUCAAAGUAGUCGAAUUUGUGAAAAAAGACGCGAUACGAUACUUCACAUAUGAUUACGAAAUACAUCAAUAGCAUAGUAUGAACAUAUUCAUAGGUAACCAUUCAAAUAAUCUCGUUAAACUUAAAUAUUAAAGACAAUAAACUAACAAUUAAUAAUCUUAAGCUACUCGAUUCUGAAUUAAAAAUCGACUAAAACAAAAUAGUAAUUAAAAAAAAACAAGAACUUUCAACUGUCAAUUGAAUUUGACGUUUAAAAUGGCGGGAAAAGCUGAAGCUAUUGGUCCGCGGAAUGGGCAUGAGUUGGCGCCUUUAAAUGCUCGUGCUGAAGGGAGUGAGAGGCCUCAUGGUGUCACCAUCGUGCUGCAAGGGUCGCGAGGGUCCUUGCAACGGGAGGUUGCGGAUGACGACAGAGCGGCGUGGUCGGGGAAACUCCAGUUUUUCCUCUCCAUCAUCGGGUAUUCUGUGGGACUUGGAAAUAUCUGGCGGUUCCCGUAUUUGUGCCAGCAGAACGGUGGAGGUGCGUUCCUAAUCCCGUUCCUGAUCAUGUUAAUCCUCGAGGGGAUCCCGCUCUUCCUGAUCGAGAUGGCCAUCGGUCAGAAGAUGCGUCUCGGUUCUCUCGGCGUGUGGAACACCAUCCACCCGUGGCUCGGCGGCAUAGGGAUCUCCAGCUGUCUGGUCACCCUGUUCGUGGCCUUAUACUACAACGUCAUCAUUACUUGGGUGUUCUUUUAUCUGUUUAACAGUAUUCGGCUGACAGCAGAUCAGCUCCCCUGGGCACAUUGUCCUCAAGACAACGGCACCGCCGAGCUGGAGUGCAACAAGGCCUCCGCCACCGUCUACUACUGGUACCGUGAGGCUCUGGACGCGUCGCCCAGUAUCGAAGACCCCGGCGUGCCCAGGUGGUGGAUCGUGCUGUAUCUCCUCUUAGCCUGGAUCAUCGUCUUCUUCAUUGUGAUGAAGGGUAUCCAGAGCAGUGGAAAGGUGGUAUACUUCACGUCGAUCUUCCCGUACGCCGUGCUCACCAUCUUCUUCAUUCGAGGCAUCACGCUGCCGGGAUCCGCAGAUGGGAUCAUACACAUGUAUAAACCUAAGCUGGAAAAGCUUCUAGACCCCACCGUCUGGCUGGACGCAGCCACGCAAGUCUUCUACUCCUUCGGUCUCGCCUUCGGCUCCCUCAUCGCGUUCGGGUCUUACAACCCACCGAACAACAACUGUGUCAGGGAUGUGUUGCUUGUCUCGGUCUGCAAUGCGCUGACUGCUAUCUACGCAUCCGUCGUCAUCUUCAGUAUUCUCGGGUUCAAGGCGUAUACUAUGGUGGAGAAUUGUAUGACGAAGGAGAUCAAGAUCCUCGCCCGUCACCACGUGGGAGGCUUCACCCUCAACUCAACCCACGAUUACUACCGAGAAGAGUUCCCAACCCUCAACAGCAGCCUGGUGUCCGCUCUCAACCUCACUGGCUGCUCCAUGAGCCGUCAACUUGAAGAGGCAGCAGAAGGCACCGGGCUCGCCUUCAUCGUGUUCACGCAAGCCAUCCUCAAGCUGACUCCCGCACCUUUCUGGUCCAUCAUCUUCUUCCUCAUGCUGCUGUCUCUCGGUCUUGGAAGUCAGAUCGGCAUCAUGGAGGGCAUGCUCUGCACUAUCUUCGAUAUCGACUUCUUUAAGAGGCUUAGCAAGCCUGUCAUCACUGGCUGUGUCUGCACUUUCUGCUUCUUCGUGGGCCUGAUCUUCACGACGGGCGCCGGCGAGUACUGGCUCAAGAUGUUCGACUCGUUCGCUGGGACCAUCGGGCUCGUCGUCGUCGCCUUGCUGGAGAUGAUCUCCGUCAUCUACAUUUAUGGGCAUGAGAGGUUCACCAACGACAUCUACGAGAUGACGGGCUACCGUCCAGGCUGGUACUGGCAGGUCACCUGGCGCUACGUGGGGCCCUUCAUCGUGACCUGCAUCCUGCUCUCCUCUCUCGUCUUCAUGCUCAUCAACCCCCCUACCUAUGGCGCCUGGGAUGCUAAUGAGGGUCGCGUUGUAAAAACCCAGUACCCCAACUGGGUGCUGGUGAUCGCGGUGCUGAUGAUCCUGGCCGGGGUGCUGCCCAUACCGGUGGUACUCCUACUCCGCCGCUUCCAAUGCCUCGCUUUCGACGUGGACAUCCAUCAGGGAUCCAUCAGGAGGAUCGAGACCACAGUAUCGACUAAGGAGAUGAUGAGCGACCAGGAUGUGCUGUCGCCGGAGAGCGCGCCGCCUGCGCCCGCGCAGCUUGUCGCCGAGGCCGCCACCAAGUUCACUAUCGGAGACUUUGAUAACGUGGACACCAGUGAUGAUCGGUCCAGCAAGCGUCUGCCGCAGGUCAUCGCGAGGGGGCGGCCCAAGAAAUAAAUUCGUCAGACUCUGAGGACGACAUACACACGACUGGCCGCUUCAACGACUCAAGCAGUAGUGACGAAGAGAUUCUUAAUACGAAUUGCACAAAAGUAGCCGGCCGUAGACUAGCAAUGAAGCCGAUUGGUCGAAAACCAACGACAUUCAAAAUGGACGUCGUCGACGAAUGACCGUUACUUUUAAAAUCUUCUAAAUUCAAUUUCAAAUUAACCGCCAAAGUUUGUGAUUAUUGUAUGUAUUUAAAAUGUCGUAUUUAUGUAUUUAUUAAAGCGGUUUUAUGAAUUCAGAAAAUGACAGUAAAUAUCGAUAUUAAUGAUUUUACUGUACUUAAUAUAGAAUAGUACUGAAAUCUUAUUAUAAUAAAUUAUAGAACAGGGCCGGCUUUAGCAGAAAAAUAAUGACAAAAAAAAAUAGAAAAAGUUCUAAAUUCUUGUAAUAUUGUACAACCACAAUUAUGAGUAAAAGAAAAAAUCUGCGCAGUAGUACAUUUUGGUACAGACCUAGACUCCUAGCAAGUCGUCUAUACACCUAAAAACUUACCUUAGAGUAAAGACCUAUUAUAAUUUGUAUUGCCAUCUUUGUCACUUUAAUACGAUGACGUAAUGAUCUGAAGCCUAUAAUUGUGGUUGUACACUUUAAAAGUAGAUUGUCCUACCAGUGUAUACUUAAAGUAAUCUUAACUUUAAGGAUCUUCUUGUAUCUUAGGCUAAAUAACACCCAAAAGCAAAAGCACGCAAAGAAAGCAUGAAAAUUAACUGAAGUAUCAAUUGACAAAUCGCACUUAAAUAAGUGACAAAGACAGAAUGACACUUAAAGGUGACUUUCGUCUAAGUGUCAUUUCGGAAUACUGUGUUAAGUAUCAUGCUGUCUUUAUUUAAUACUUCUUUAAUUUAAGAUUGCUUUAAGUUAACGGUUAUAUUAUUAAGAUUCAUAUUUAGGACGAGCCUUAAACUAGACAUCCAUAUCUUUGAAGAUGUUUCAAUGUUCUCUUUUUAGUAUCUUUAGGUAAAAUCAUUGUAGAAAUUACAUAAAUCAUAAUUAUGUUAUCAGAAACGCUUGAUACCUUGAAGACUUAAACUGUUGAUCAAUAUUGUAAAGUUAUCACUAAAUAUAAAAAUUAUCAUGAAGUUUCCCAAAUAUGCAUGCAUGUCUGCAUAUACAUGCGUAAAUGAUAUGCUCCUUUUAAAGUCGGUUAAAACGUAUCUGUGAAAGAUUCAAUUCAUGAAAGCAUCCUUUACAGAAAAAGCUAUAUUAGAUGUUAUACACCCUAUUUCAUAAUACCUAUUAUAGCUCUGAUAUUCCAACGUUCACCUUAAAGUGACAUUAGUGACAUAGUUGUGGAAGAGAGACGCCACUCUAGAAAGUGUGUUGCUGUCACUCUUCCACAACUGACAGUCUUUAAGAGGUAUCAUUUGGCCCGAGUAAAUAAAUUGUUGAAUAUUUUUCAUUGCACACUGAUUUUGUGUAACCUUAAAUUUUAGUAUUAGAUUAAGAUCACAUUAACUAAAUCGAGAUUACGGUUCUUGUAACUGCGGUUUUUUUAGUAAUAUUAGGUUAAAUCUAUAGACCACAGGAACGUGAUGAUAUAGGUUAGACUAGGUGGCAGCAUUGUUGAUUUUGGGCAACGAAAAUGGAUUUUUACCAUCGGUAAAAGACAAAACUAAGUGAUUUUUUUGGAAAUAUCUACAAUAAAAUGUUUUUGUGUCUAGAAGAUCUUUUUCAGACAGUCUUUUGAAAAAGUCUCGUUACUCGACUACGUUAGAAAGAGAGUAAUAAUUAUAGUUUUAUUUUGGAAGUCUCAGUCCUAAACUACGGUAUUAAUAGAUAUGUAAUGUUUUGCAUAAGAAAACUUACCAAAAGCAGAAAAGCUUUGGUAAGAGAAGUCCUUGUUUUUUUUUAGUCACAUCGAUGGUAAAAGUUUCCCAAAAAAGCCACAAGGGAUAAACGGAACGGAUUUAUAAUAAAAAAUUAACGUAUGAAAUAGGUAUACAAAAAUCUUUACCAAAAAUUUAGGAAUUAUGUGAAAUGCGAAGUUAGGAGUUAUUUGAUGACGAAGAUGUGUAAAUUAGAAAAAUUGUCUUAAAGUGCAUAUGGUAACGCACAGUUUUUUCAUGUGACACUAGAAUUAAGACUUUAAUGCUGGUUCGUAAAAGUUCAUAGCUGUUGGCAAAUCAAUUACAAGACAAAUUCGACAAAUUAUUUCAAUGAAUAAUCUACUUUAUGCUUACAACUUUAAGGCAUAUUUUCGAAUGAUCAAGCAAUCCCGAUAACCAUAUUCUCACAAUUAUGGUCUUUAACUCUGUAGUCUGAAAGUCCAUUUUCUAGUGUCAUAAAAAUCUAUUAAACUGUGCUUUCCCAUAUGUUUUGGGCAUAAUAGAUAAGAACUGUGAACGUGUGUUCGUGUAGGCUUUAAAUAUUGGCAAAUGGUGAGGUAUUACUUAGGAAAGUGGUAUGUGGGCAAAGUGUGUGUCUUGAAGUAUAGCUAUUUCUAUGUAGAUAUAUCUAGAAAUCGAUUAAAGUGGAGGUAAAUUCGUAGUUCUCUUAAAAUAAAACGAAAAUAGACCGACUUCAAAGGAAUAUCCGUAUCUCAAAAACUACUGAACAGAUUUUGAUGAAACUUGUACUGUUUUCUAAGUUGAAAAGUAUUCUAAUCAUAAAUCGAAAAGAUCAUCUCGAUAUGACUAAUACUUUCCGAGAACAUUGCGGACAAACAUAAAAACAUACACGAAAACUACUAAUCUCUUUGAAGUCGGUUAAUGGUACUUUUAUAUUUUUCCUGUCUUCCAAAGCGACCGAUAAAACAUGCUAUCAAUUAAUUUCUUUAGCUUUUUAAACUAAACUAAUUACUGCAAACUUGUGCCUAUUUUGCCCCACUAAGCUUCGCUCAUACGAAUGUGUUAAUCUCGAUCUAGUGUCCAUGCACUUUAAAAGUAGAUCCAAUCUAUGUAAAUACGAAAAUUGUUGAUAAUUACAAUAUAAAUAAUAAUUUCUAGAAUUUUGAGUAGCAUUAUAAAGCUGACACUGAGUACUGAUGACAAAAUAAAUAUUAAACUUAUUUUUUGUAUGGAUUUUGGGUCUACUAAACUAAUAUUUGUAAUUGUGGAAAAGGGAUGCCGCUCUACGCCAUGUAUUGCGCUAUCCUGCUUCAACAACUGUUAAUAAACAACUUUAAGUGGUAGUUGUAGACCCACUUCCUUUUCAAGACCACGUGUUCUGAUCUUUUACUGCAGUAUUUUUUUAUUAUAUUAUUUAUAGGUUAUAUUACAAAAAGUAUAAAGAAAAAUCAUGAAAACCUAAGUUAUUUUACGA